AUGGAGUAUUUAGAACUUAAUGGUACAAAAGAAGGAUUAUCAGCAGCAGUUGAUGAUAUGUGGGUAUUGAAUGCUACAUACCUAGUUUUUUAUAUGCAAGCAGGAUUUUGUAUGUUAGAAGCAGGAGUUGUUAGAGCAAAAAAUGCAAAGAGUAUAAUUAUGAAAUCGAUUAUAGAUACAGCAAUUGGAUCAUUAUUAUUUUGGGCAUUAGGAUUUGGGCUGGCAUUUGGGAAUGCAGAUAAAGCGUCGAAUCCAGUUAUAGGCACAUCACACUUUUUUUUAAUUAAUUAUCAAAAUUUAUCAUUUUUUGCGUUUCAAUGGGCAUUUUGUGCAACAUCAAUAACGAUAGUUAGUGGUUCAUUGGCAGAGAGAGUUCAUGUUACCUCUUGUUUAGUGUAUACAAUAGUGAUGUCAGCGUUUAUAUAUCCUUUAAGUGCACAUUGGGUAUGGUCUUAUAAUGGUUGGUUGAGAAUGAUUGGAUUCAAUGGUAUUAUAGAUUUCAGUGGUUCAAUAGUUGUACAUAUUGUUGGUGGUUGUAUUGGUUUGGUUGGAACCUAUUUGGUUGGACCACGUAUUGGACGUUUUGAUUCAGAAUCUGGUAAACCGAAACCAUUACCAGGUCAUUCAAUCACCAUCUAUACAUUGGGUGCAUUCAUCAUUUGGUAUGGUUUCUAUGGAUUCAACACAGGUUCAACUUUGGGUAUUAGUGGUGGUGGUAUUGCAAUCGCGUCAAGAUCCGCCGUAACAAUGACAAUCAUUGCUUGUGCAAGUUGUGCCACCACUUUGUUGGCAAUUAAAAUCAAGAGUGGCAAAUACGAUGUGGUCAAAUCUGUAAAUAGUUUAUUGGGUGGUUUGGUAUCUUCGGCUGCCGUUUGUUCCCUCAUUGAUCCAUGGGCCGCUUUUAUCAUUGGCUGUGUCACUAGUUUUGUUUAUUUGGGUUGUUCUCAUUUACUUAUAAAGUUACGUAUCGAUGAUCCUUUGGAUUCUUCAGCCAUUCAUUUGGGUUGUGGAAUUUGGGGUGCACUAAGUGUUGGCCUUUUCUCCACUCAAGAGAAUUUAUCAUUAGUUUUGAAGAAAUCAACAAACGUAUAUGGUCUCUUUUUCGGUGGAGGCUUUGAACAACUUGGAAUUCAAUUACUUGGUAUCAUCAUUGUAAUGGCUUGGUGCUUUUUCUGUGCUUCCAUAUUAUUCACAAUUCUAAAAAAGUUUCAUUUACUUAGAAUCGAACCAACUAAAGAAUUAAUGGGUAUAGACAUUGAUAGUGCUGGUGGUCCAGCUUAUCAAUGGGAUAAUUAA